GCGUCAUACCCCCGCGUCGCGUAUUCGACCAUGCUCGAGCCGCAUCUCAGCAAGGAGGUUGCUGGCCUCUUGGCAGCCCUCUUCGAGGUCGUGUCCGCCAUUGCCCUGCAUGCAGACACCAACUCGAUGAGCGCCGGCAGGCUUUGUCACCUCUUCGGCUGGUGGCUUCUUGGCGCCAUGCCAGACGGCACCACGAGCUGGAGUGACCUCUAUGAGGCCUACCGCCUCUCGGGACAGCGCGCCGAGCACCUCUUUUACGCCCGCGUACGCUGGCAGACGACGCAGCAGAAGAUGCCUAGACGCCUGGUCCAGCUCAUCCUUUCGUACCCUUUCGGCGAGUCAUCAGCGUCCUCGGAA